AUGUCGCCUGGAGCGCGGGCGGUGCGCGUGGGCGUGGCGUGUGCGAGUGUGUGUCCACAGGCAGCUCGUCCGGAAAAAGAGUCGUCGCGGCGCGGGGCCAGUGGCGGCGGCGGCGUCGGUGGCGGCGGAGAGACGCCGGGUAAGGGGGCAGGGGCGCUGGAAGGCGCGGAAAUUGGAGGCGCAGCGGGCGACAGCCGCCUCGUUACCGACGCAAUCUGCGCUCCGCCCCCGCUGCCGCCGCCGCCGCCCCCGCUGCUGCCUCCGCCGCGCCUGAUCGCCCCGAGUGCCCAGAUAAGAUUCAGGCCCGCCUCUCUUCGCGCUGGAGUGGCGGCCGGCGAGCGGGCAGCGCUUUGCCCCAAGCGGCCGUCCGCCCACAACGAGCCCACGUCAGCCUCUCUGGAUCAUCACUCUCGAGGCACAUGUGCAAAUGAGCAACUCUAA